AGUUGAGAAAGAGCUAUCAGUCUAGGUAAGAAAGUGGAAAAUUAGAACACUGGUUUUGCUAAAGCUCAGACUCCCCAGCAAUAUCUGAAACAGCGAGAGGCAGAUUUCAGAGGAGGCAGGACAGCUACCUCACCCAUGUUUCCAGUGUAGAGCGUAUGCAGAGAAGACAAAAAGGCCUGCCGGCAGUGAAAAGUUGAAGUCAAGGUAGAGAAAGAGACAGGAAGAAAGAAGAACAAGCACUUGGGAGCAAAACAAACAUUGGAGAGAAACGUGAUGGAGAAACUGAAUGUCUACCACGGUCCUAUUGGUAAAGAAGAAGGAGAGCGGCGGUUGGCCCAGGAUGGGCGGGAUGGGUGCUACCUAGUCCGUAACAGUGAUUCUGUGCCCGGCGUCUUCUGCCUGUGUGUGCUGUGCAAGGGGUACGUCUACACAUACAGACUUCACAAGGACGAUACAGGGACAUGGGCAGCUGAGACCACUCCUGGUGUGCAGAAGCGAUGUUUCCGGCAAAUCAAGAACUUGAUAGCAACUUUCCAGAGGCCUGGACAAGGAAUUGCCAUGCCUCUGCUCUACCCUGUCACCGCUCAGAGACGAGCACAAACACACAGAGGCACAGACUCCCAGUAAUAGCCUGUCACAGACACACAGCAGCCCUGACUUUUACCUCCAGCGGCGGCUGCCGCAUGCUGUUCAGGGACAGGAAAACAAGAAAAAAAGGGGAUGCAGCAGGCUGUUGGUUAGGGGCAGACCCAAAGCUCUCCAUUG